AUGUCUACCUUAAAUACGUCUCUUAUACAACCAGAUCUUAUUAAAACCUUUGCGUUUAGGGGUAGUAUACUUGCUUUAAAAUUAGUGGCAGUUGUAGGACUAACUGCACGUUACCGAAUGAAGAAACGGAUAUUUAUAAAUCCUGAUGAUGCGGCAUUUGUUAAAGGAGCAAAGAUUGCAAACAACGAUCCGGAUAUUGAACGUGUGCGGAGAGCACACUUAAAUGACUUAGAAAACAUUCCUCUAUGGUUCUUUGUUACAUUCCUAUGGUUAACUACAGGACCUGCUAUGUGGUUAGCUACAAUAUUAAUCAGAACAUUUGUGCUUGCUAGGAUUGUUCACACAUUAGCAUAUGCUGUUGUGGCACUACCUUACAGGGCACUAUCCUUUUUUGUAGGCAUGGGUAUUACAAUAUUUCAAACAAUAAGCACUUUGUUAUAUUACAUUUAA